AUGUCAAGCCGUCAACGGGCAGCCGAGAAGGCUUUGCACGACCAGACCGAGAUCCUGCCCAAGGCGAAGUUGCUAAUUGUUACCGCAACCCUCUCGUUGACGCUGCUGAUCACCUUCAUCGACCAAAAUGGCAUUAGUGUUACACUACCUACGAUUGCCCAGGAGCUCAAUGCGGCGAACACCAUCUCGUGGGCCGGCACGUCGUCCCUGAUCGCCAACACGACGUUCCAGAUGCUCUACGGCCGGCUAUCUGAUAUCUUUGGCAGGAAAGUGGUCUACCUCGGCGCCGUGGGCUUGUUGUCUAUCGCUGCACUGCUGUGCGGCCUCUCCCAGAAUGCGGCCAUGUUCUAUGUCUUUCGUGCUAUUGCUGGGAUAGGCGGUGGUGGUAUCACGAACCUCUCGAUGAUUAUCCUGUCCGACAUCGUCACCCUGGAACAAAGGGGAAAGUACCAGGGAAUCAUUGGUGCUUUUGUCGGGUUGGGCAAUGUGGCUGGUCCAUUCCUGGCUGCAGCCUUCAUCUCUCGAACGACUUGGCGAGCGUUCUUCUGGUUGAUCUCACCACUAGCUGCAUUGGUUGGAGGUGUGGCAUGGUGGUUGCUGCCCUCGAAGACCCCGACAGCCGGCUUCAAGGAGAGCGUCAAGAAGAUUGACUAUGGGGGCGUCCUAACCUCGUCAGUUGGGGUAAUAUUCAUCCUCAUACCGAUCAGCGGUGGUGGCUCUUACUUCCCCUGGGAGUCUCCCAUGGUGAUAUCUAUGCUGGUGAUUGGCUCCAUGGCUUUCGUGCUUUUCGUAAUGUUCGAAUGGAGGAUAGCAAAGCUGCCAAUGAUGCCUUUGACGAUUUUCAAGAACCCCGUAGUGGCGGUCAUGCUUUGUCAGAGUUUUCUCUUUGGCGCUGUGUAUCAGUCGUAUCUGUACUACCUACCCCUCUACUUCCAGAAUGUGAAGCAGUACUCGGUUGUCGUCUCGGCUGCCUUCACAGCCUGUCUUGUAUCAUUUCAGGCAGGCUUUUCCAUUCUGUCUGGGCAGUACAUUUCCAGGCGGAAACGGUACGGCGAGGUCAUCUGGGCUGGCUUUGGACUGUGGACUCUUGGCUCCGGGCUUAUGCUGUACUACGACAGAGAUACCCAACCCGGUUUGAUCAUCGUCCCCUUGAUCAUCGUUGGCAUUGGCGUAGGCUUCAUCUUCCAGCCCACACUGGUCGCAUUCCAGUCCCACGUGCCGAAGUCCAAAAGAGCAGUCAUCGUGUCCAAUCGGAAUUUCUUCCGAUGCGCUGGAGGCGCUUGUGGUCUUGCCAUCUCAGCCGCGGUGCUGCAAGCCGCAUUACGAGCCAAUCUUCCGCAAGAGUACAGUUACCUGGCGGAGGAUACAUACUCACUUCCCAAACUAGAGGGCCCUGGGUUUGAUGGCGUCCUCGAUGCGUACAUGGCGGCGAGCAGGGCCGUCUUUAUUCUACAAGUACCCCUGAUCGGGGCUUGUUUCCUGGGCUGCGUGUUUGUGAGAGAUCGUGGGCUGCAACCGCCUGAGGAACCUGGCGAGAAAGCCAAUGAUUCCUCGGUCGAAAGUUCGAUAAUGCAGCCGCAAUUUGAGGAAGCUGGGACUGAGAUUGGGGCCGAGGCCGAGCCGAAAGAGCGUCCCGCCUAG